AUGCGAAGGAUGCAAGAUUCAAGUGAAUUUGACGUUCUUGUGAUUGGGGCCGGUAUCUCCGGCAUUUUUGCAGCCAAGUUUUGGCUGGAUAUGCAUCCCGAGUCUCGAUUGAUUAUUCUAGACAAGGACAACUGCGUUGGGGGUACUUGGAAUGCGCGGCGUGGCUACGAUUCGUUUUGGACUCAGUUUACAAUCGGAAUGGCGGAAUUUUCGGACCAGCCCAUGCCACGACCACCGGAUGAGGAUGUCUAUCUCGAGUUCUUCAAAGCAAAGCACAUGACAAAAUACCUCGACAACUAUGUUGACUUGCAUAGCUAUGAAGGUCGGACUUUACGCGAUAGAAUCAAAUUCUCCAUCGAAGUACAGUCACUAAUUAAGCUCGAAAGCGGAUGGGCCGUAGUGACCAAGCCAGGAGAGGAUCCAAAGCAGCAUACGUUCAGAACCACCAAAUUGAUUGUUGCGAGUGGCCUCACUUCGAUUCCGAAUAUGCCUUCCCUGCUAGGAAUAGACAAUUUUCUUGGCCAAGUCCUCCACCAGGACGGUUUUGGCUCGUCUGACGUCCUGACGUCGCCUGAUAUCAACAAGAUCACCGUUCUGGGCGCCGGGAAGUCAUCUGGCGACAUGGUUUACGAAGCAGCCAAAGCCGGCAAGACGGUAUCAUGGGUUCUCAAAGCCACAGAUACGACUGGGCCAGGGUUCUUCCUCUCCCCCAAAGGAGUCGGUCCAUAUAAAAACGCAUUCGAGAUUGGCAUGACUCGAUUGGCUGCAAAUUUCACUCCCUCUUUCAUGAACGGACCGAAUUGGUGGACAAAGCUUCUUCAUUCCUCUUCAUACGGGGCGGGUCUGAUGACGGGCUUCUGGAAUUCCGUCGACGCCAAAGCUCGGACAGAGGCGAAUUUUCAGAGAGAGAGCCUGCAAAACUUUGACAAAUUAUCCCCACACUCACCAAUCUUCUGGCAAAAUUGCACAGGUGGCCUCCUCAAUCACCCGGACUUCUUCGACACCAUCGCACACAAAGUUCGCAUUUAUGUUGGCGAUGUUGACUACCUUGAGAAGUCCAUGCUAUGCCUCAAAACUGGCGAAAGGAUUCCUACAGACGCUUUACUCUGUGGCACAGGCUGGCAUCCUUCACUCCAGUUCUUUACUGAGGAACAAUGCACUGAGUUUGGUCUACCCCACUUGCUAACACGUGAGGAUCCGAGUUACAAGAGACACUGGGCUGCAAUAGAAGCCGAAGCAGACGCUAAAGUCCUCAACAUCUUCCCACAGCUUUCCAAACCACCCCCCGUCUUUUGUAAGCCCACUACAAAGACCCCAUACAGACUAUAUCGACACAUGGCCCCUCUGUUCGAGUCUGGCGUUGCCAGUAGAGACCGCUCUGUAGUCUUUAUUGGUCAAGUCGUGGUGGGCAACUAUUUUCCUGUUGUGGAAUGCCAAUCAAUGUGGGUGACAGCCUACCUUGACGGAAUACUGGAGUUACCAACCCUGGAGGAACAAGAAAAAGAUGUUGCCCUUUUCACGACGUGGUGUCAGCGUCGAUAUCUUAGUAAUGGGCAGCGUGGAAAUAACAUGACUUUCGAGCUGGUCGGAUACAUAGAUACCUUGUUAAAGGACCUGGGUCUCUGCAGUCACCGCACAGGAUGGUUCAAGGAUACAUUUUUCCCUAUCUGGGCCAAAGACUUUAGAGGCUUGAAAACAGAGUUCAAAAGCAAGUACGGGUACAGAUAG